CAUAGCGGCGUACAGUAGCAUUGGUUGUAGUAGUAGUAGUAGUAGUAGUAGUAAUAAUCAUAGUACGCGCCGCGGACUAAUUCUUCCGGUCCCCACGUCGUGAGAAUUCAGUGAAAAAAACUCGCCGGAGGGUAGUAGCGAAGAAAAGACUAGAACGCAGUGCGAAAAACGAAGAGAGAGGAAAUUGUAUAUCUCUGGUACUCUGGAGAAUCUGGAAACGCGAUCACACAGAUAGGUCCAUCCAGAGGGAGACAUUGGCAAGGAGCCGCUCCUCAUCGUCGUUCCAGCAUGACCCAGCCUUAGUACGGCUCUCCUGUCGUAACACCCUCCGCGGCGCGACACGAUACGACACGUAGAAGAAGGCGGUGGAGGAGCCAGAGGUGGUGCUGGCGGCGCAGGAGGAGGAGGGGGUGGAGGGGGCCAGAGAGAGGGUGGAGGACGCCGAGGAGGACGGAGAAGAAGAAGAAGAAGGUGGCGAAGGUGGAGGAGGACGGAGGCCUCGCUAACGACGGCGAACGUCCUCGAGGGUGCGAACCAUCAACAACAGCACCACCACCGACGACGACGAUGAUCGUGACGGGUGGCGAUCGGCGUACAUGUUGGAGGCGGAGACGCCGAUUGGUGGUGAUAGCUCUGCUCUCCGCGGUUUUGGCCCUAGCCAUGGGACCCUCGUCGUCUUCGGGCCACAGACCGGCACCGAGCAACCCGAUCAUGUUUCACACCACCACGAGUAGCACGGCCGUGCCGAUGAUGCGUUUGGCCAAUGGUACCAGCGUGCAGAUUUACGAUAACCAUAAUAAUAACAACACUGAGAGUUCCAAUGAACAUAAUGGGACUAAUUAUGAAACGGAGGAAAAGAAGCCGCUCUUCCCUCAAGAUCUAUUCAGCCUUGAAGAGCGGCGGCGCGGUGCCGUGAUACUUCAUAUACUUGGCGUGGUGUAUAUGUUCGUCGCGCUAGCGAUCGUCUGCGACGAGUUUUUCGUACCGUCGCUAGACGUAAUCAUCGAGAAAUUCGACAUCGCCGACGACGUAGCCGGUGCCACUUUCAUGGCGGCCGGUGGAUCGGCGCCCGAACUCUUUACAUCGAUCAUAGGCGUGUUCGUGUCGUUCGACGACGUCGGCAUCGGCACUAUCGUCGGUUCCGCCGUCUUCAACAUCCUCUUCGUAAUUGGCAUGUGCGCUAUAUUUUCGCGUACGGUACUGUCGCUCACAUGGUGGCCUCUAUUUCGUGAUUGUACCUUCUACAGCGCCAGUCUCCUCACCCUGAUCUACUUCUUCCGCGACAGUUAUAUUUACUGGUAUGAAGCGCUUGUGCUCUUUGGAUUCUACUUGGGAUAUGUGAGCUUCAUGAAGUGGAACCAGCCGAUGGAGAAACUCGUCAAAAGGGUACUUUACAGGAACAAGGUGACCCGAGUCAGGUCUACCGAUCAGCUGAUGCCCUCGCACCAGAGCGCCGCUCAGGCAUUGCAGCAUCCGAACGCGACCAACAGUAGCGAGACGAGCGUGGGUGGCGUGUCGGGUGCGUGCGGAAGCAGCGGCAUACCGGCGCCCGGGGAGGCCGGAUGCAGCAGCAGGGGUGGCAGUAGCAGCGGCGCUGGCGGGGGGGGCGGCGGCACCGGACAAGGCUGCGAGCAGACCCGCGGGGGCCCGUCUCACUCGUCACGGGAGAGCCACGCUAAAUUCCGUCACGGCCUGCUGCAGCUUAUGAUCCACACGAUCGAUCCGCUCCACGACGGCAAGGUGGACGAGAAAGCGACACAGCUGCACGCGAUAGCGUCGCUGAAGGUGCUGCUGGAUGCCACCAGGCCGCAUAACGGCGCCGCGACAUCGACCGCCGCCCAUUAUUCCGGCGCUCCCUCGAAGGAGACGACCCUGCAGCUGCAGCAGGGCUCGCAAGGAACCACCACCACUACCACGACUACGACUACCACCGCCGGCACUACCGCUGGCAUUCAGGAACUUCCUAAUGGCGGUAUCGCCGCCGGUCUCGACGCUGGCCUCGAAUCGGGCGAAGAGGAUGAACCUCCGGAGGCCUUGGAUAUGGGUUGGCCCAGCAGUCCAAGAAAAAGGCUGACUUACAUCUUGGUCGCGCCAAUCUUAUUUCCUCUUUGGUUAACGUUACCAGAUACGAGAACACCUAGAGGAAAGAAGUUUUUCCCGAUAACUUUCAUCGGCUCGAUCUUCUGGAUCGCGGCGUACUCGUACCUGAUGGUUUGGUGGGCGAAUGUCGCCGGCGACACAGUAGCCAUACCGCCGGAAGUGAUGGGCCUGACGUUCCUCGCAGCCGGCACCAGCAUACCGGACCUUAUCACGAGCGUAAUCGUGGCGCGAAAAGGAUACGGCGAUAUGGCCGUGUCGAGUUCCGUUGGCAGCAACAUCUUCGACGUGACCGUUGGGCUUCCGGUUCCGUGGCUCCUGUAUGGUUUGAUCUACGGGAAACCCGUGGAGGUGAACUCAGUGGGCAUGGUGUGCAGCAUAGCGAUACUGUUCUGCAUGCUGCUCUUCGUGAUUUUGAGCAUCGCCUGCUUCAGAUGGAAGAUGAACAAGGGCCUCGGUUUCACGAUGUUCAUCCUCUACUUCGUCUUCGUCGCCGUCUCGCUGAUGUUCGAGUACGAAUGGUUGGUCUGCCCGGUGUAGGACAGCCGGCGCAGCAGAGGCAUUAGAAUCUUCUUCGGAAGAAAGGCGACACGUCUGCGAACGGACGCACACUUACGAGUCUCGUCAUCAUCAUCGUCAUCGUCGUCGGCGAGUCUCGACCGACGAGAGAACUCUUCCUUGCGGUCGAGCCGAGAAGAAAAUCGCGCAAACCCAGUCAUUACCUUCCCGCGUGCGCGUGAAGGAAAUUUAAUGAUCGAACGGCAAUAGCAGCACCAUGAACACACAUAUACACAAACACAUACAUAUAUACAUACACGCACAAGUACACACACACACACACACACACAUAUACACGGUACUAUCACCGAUCAUCAGGUUACAGCAGUUUUGUGUAUCACGCAGAGGCGUUUUGUUCUUAUAGUCGCGCGCGAGAGGUGUACAUAUUGUAUAAAUCUUGAAAUACCUGAAACGAAAUACUCGUCUUGUUAAGAAUUAAUCGAGCGUGCCACUUCGCUCGAGUGCGCUACUUUAUUAUUUAGGCAUGGCGAGCGCGUUAGCUGAUCGUGCCAAGGACCAAACCAGCAUAAUUUUAUAUAAUCCGUAGAAAAAUCCUUUGGCACAUGUAUAUAGUUCGAGUCUCUCUGGUCAUACUCUUCUUUCUUUCUUUUUCUUCUUCCUCCUUCUCGUUCUCUUGUCGCUUAAUAAGCUGUGCGUGAGACGAAUUGAUAAUUGCGCGAUUGCCUAUUAAUUCAUUGAUCAGACUUUUGUAACAAAAGUCUACAAAAAAUUAUAUCUUACAUAGUAGUCUUCUCGAUCAAAAAGUUUCCACGUCUAAUCAUCGCGCGUAUCGCAUCAAAUGUCGCUUGAUUCACCGAAUAUUUAUCGAAACGUUUUUUACGCGUUUUCUUUCUUUUUUUUUUUUUAAUUUACCUACACAUUCAAUAGCAAUAAUAUUACUUUGUAGUGUACACAAUGUUCCAGUGAGGCUUCUCUCGUUUGACUCCUUGGCAUGCUCACGUAUUCGAAUAUAUUAUAUAUAACGUUAUCCUUAGAGAAAAAGAGAGAGAGAGAGAGAGCAAGUGACCUGACCGCUCGCCGAUUUUCCUCUAAAGUAGAACUCUCUUCACUUCUAAUCGUAGAAUAGUUCGAUAUAACUUUAAUCUAUUAUGCUCACAAAAUUCCAACUUGAUACGGUGUGCUGUUCGACGUUUCGACGGUUUAUACUCAUGAAUCUCGAAUGUAUGCUAUAUGUUUACUUUUCGUUUACAAGUCUUUUUACUUUUAUGUACUAAUCACAACGCUAUACUACAUAUAAAUUAUGCAUGUAUUAUGCAAGCUUUUGCAGCAAGAUUAUAAAAAAUAUCUUCUUUCUUCCCAUAUUUAUGAUGAAGAUUCCUAAUACAUUAUAUAAAUUAUCACAUUAUUUUAAUUAAAGUAAAAUUGUGUUCGGUCAGUUAAAAUAUAAAAUCUUUCAUGUAUUCGAGACUUUACAUUAGAAAGAUAUCAUUGAAAGUCUUUAAAUAUUGAUUCAUUAAACGAUAUGAUUCAGAUAUUGAUAAACACAUGUCACAAACGAAACGGUCGACCAUCGCAUUGGAUUUUCAGUAUACGAUCGGAACGGAUGUUGCUAUGUGAAUAAGAUAGAGUAGUGAUAAAAAUGCGAGACGUUUUUUAGCAAUCAAUUGAUCUUGCCUGUGCUGAUUAUAUUUUCGCUUUUCACUUUCUUAAAUUGCUAGGAGCAAAUUCAUCCAUUUAGCUCUCUUUAAUUGUCCAUUUAAUAUUUGAUUCAGUGGAAACAUAAAUUAUUUUUAGGAAAUGUAUUAUAUUUUCACGAAAAAUCGUCCAAAUCGUAGCAAUUUAUUUAUUGCUGAUCAGCAUCAAAUGAAUUCAUUCGAAUAAUGCAAAAUACGUCUCGUUCGCAUAAGACAUUUAGAUCCGAUUCCGAGCGUGUUUUUUAAAUACAAUUACUAUCACUACUCUCGUAACUAUAAUCUGUAAGCGAAAGCAAACCUUCCUAAGUGCAUGAAGAAAACUCUUGCAAAUCGCAUAUUCGAAUUGAUAAAUAGAUUGCGCGAGGAUUCUCAUCUAAUCAAUCGAGAACACUUGUAUCGCUUGUUGAUGCACUUUACGCACAAUCGAAUCCUCGUGGUGUGUGCGACCUUUUCUCUGCAUAGAGAAAGUAUCGAGACGAUAUUUGCAAAAACUAUAUUUACGGAACGUGCAGAUAACGCGUUAUUAUGAUACGUUCGUAAAAAGAAACGAGCACGAGUUGCUUAGACGUUGCACUUUUCGUGAUAUCGCUUGAUACUCUCCAAGCAACUAUUCUUUUCCCUACAUUCUUUCAAAUUUUUGACAUUGCAUUACGACGCACUACUAAAAGAUAUUAUUAGAAAUUAUUAAAUAUUAACUUAAUAUUAUGGUUGUUACGUGUACACACAGUAAAGGCAAAUGAGUAACAGAAUGAAUAACGAGUUCACAGAAGUAUGCAUGUGUGCGAGAUUGAGAAAGAAAGAGAGAGAGAGAGAGAGAGAGAGAACGAUAAUGGGUAAGAAAGAGAAGGAGAAAAAUAUAAUAAAUAAGAUAUAGAAUUUAAAGUGUGACAGAAUGAGCGAUUUUUAAGUUACAGGAGGACCCGUGUUGUAAAAAGCGUUUGUAAAGGAUACGUUUUAAGGACAUAGAAAUAAUAGUUAUAAUGUGAUAUCGAUUAUAUUAACGUACGAGAUGAGAAGAAAAUGUUAUACGAACCUACCAUGUUUCGAAAAACAAACAGAGAAGUGAUAUUCUACGCCUAAAAGCGGCCUAGCUUUUUAUUAAGCCCACAGCUGAUGCAAAAAUCGAUCCGUGGCGCAAAGAGAUAAGAAAGAGACCAUAAUUAUAUAAAAAGAAAUACUGUCAACGUUAAUUGAUAAGGCGAAAUUUAGAUUAUACUCGUACGUAUGAAGAAAAUUUGGUGCGACGCGAAACGCAUUAUAUGGAGAAUAUGAAUAUACACGUAUAUUAUAUUCGCAUAUAAUG